AUGGCAAGACAAAUGAUAGGCAUAAUUUUCGGGAAUAACAUUUAUGGAAUUUUACGAGAUAAAGAGACUCCUGGGCGCUUACUUGAAAUGUGGUUUUGGUGGUCGCUUGUGGUGGUUCAUUGGCCAACAAAACCUAAGUUCAAAAUCACAUUUUUCUUUAAAGAAAAUUUUUACAUGCGCCUGAAAACUCGGACGUAG